GGUGGCGGCUGCAGCAAGGAAAGAAGGGGGCCCGCCCUGGAAUCCGCGCCUCGGGGACCCGGAGCUCCGCGCGGUGCAGGUCCUGCAUCUCCAGUAUGGAAUGUAUGUUUGGCCCUGUGCUGUGGUCCUGGCCCAGUACCUGUGGUUUCACAGAAGAUCUCUGCCGGGCAAGGCUGUCUUAGAGAUUGGAGCUGGAGUGAGCCUUCCAGGAAUUUUGGCUGCAAAAUGUGGUGCAGAAGUAACACUGUCAGACAGCUCAGAACUGCCUCAUUGUCUGGAAAUCUGUCGGCAAAGCUGCCAAAUGAAUAACCUGCCACAGGUGCAUGUCAUAGGACUAACGUGGGGUCAUGUAUCUUGCAGUCUUCUGACUCUACCACCACAAGAUAUUAUUCUUGCAUCUGAUGUGUUCUUUGAACCACAAGAUUUUGAAGACAUUUUAACCACAGUGUACUUUUUGAUGCAGAAGAACCCCAAGGUCCAAUUGUGGUCUACUUACCAGGUUAGAAGUGCUGACUGGUCACUUGAAGCUUUGCUCUACAAAUGGGAUAUGAAAUGUGUCCAUAUUCCUCUGGAGUCUUUUGAUGCAGACAAGGAAGAUAUAGCAGAAUCUGCCCUUCCAGGAAGACAUACUGUUGAAAUGCUGGUCAUCUCCUUUGCAAAGGACAGUCUCUGAAUUAUACCUACAAGCUGUUCUGGGACAAUGUCAAUACUGAUUAGCAACCUGGCACAUGUAUUAGGAUCAGAGUCACUUCAUAUUCUUGAGAAAACGCAGUGUUUGAAGAUGGUCAAAUCUGUUGGCCUUAGAUUAUGAUAUGUCACCUUGAGAACACUCGCAGGUAACAACUAUGUAAACAAAUUAAAACACCUAU